AAUUGUCCCCCACUCACUCUCCUAGGAGUAAUAAAAAGUUCCUCCAGCAGUCACACGCCCCUCACCAAACAUUUCGCACUAAACACAACCAUCACUUCAACUAAUACUUAUUCAGUAUCUAAAAACCCUAUCUCCCAGAUCUCUUCCUUGUCACUUCUCGAUCCUCUCGACUGUAAACAUGGCUUCUAAGAAUGUUUAUGAAAGUAUAUUGAAAACACUGGAGAAACCUGGAGGUGGUGAAUUCGGAAAGUAUUAUAGUUUACCAGCUCUUAAUGAUCCCAGGAUUGAUAAACUUCCAUACUCGAUCAAGAUUCUACUUGAAUCUGCGAUUAGGAACUGUGAUGAGUUUCAAGUGACACAGAAAGAUGUGGAGAAGAUUAUUGACUGGGAGAAUACAUCUCCUAAACAGGUCGAGAUUCCGUUUAAACCAGCUCGUGUGCUUCUCCAGGAUUUUACUGGUGUUCCUGCUGUGGUUGAUUUAGCCUGCAUGAGAGAUGCCAUGAACAGACUCGGCAGUGAUUCCAAUAAGAUCAAUCCUUUGGUUCCCGUAGAUCUCGUCAUUGAUCACUCAGUGCAGGUGGACCUUGCUAGAUCAGAUAAUGCUGUGCAGCGUAAUAUGGAACUCGAGUUUCAACGCAACAAAGAAAGAUUUGGUUUUCUUAAGUGGGGUUCCAAUGCAUUCCAUAACAUGCUUGUUGUUCCUCCAGGCUCUGGGAUAGUUCACCAGGUGAAUCUAGAGUACCUUGGUCGAGUUGUCUUUAAUACAGGGGGCGUGCUUUACCCCGACAGUGUUGUUGGAACUGAUUCUCACACGACUAUGAUAGAUGGGUUGGGUGUUGCUGGUUGGGGAGUUGGUGGAAUCGAAGCAGAAGCUACAAUGCUUGGGCAGCCAAUGAGCAUGGUCCUGCCUGGUGUUGUUGGGUUUAAAUUAGUGGGAAAGUUGAAGGAUGGUGUAACAGCCACUGAUUUGGUUUUGACCGUAACCCAAAUGCUUCGUAAACAUGGAGUUGUUGGGAAGUUUGUGGAAUUUUAUGGCGAAGGCAUGAGUGAACUUUCACUUGCUGACCGAGCCACUAUUGCAAACAUGUCACCUGAAUAUGGUGCAACCAUGGGUUUUUUCCCCGUGGAUCAUGUCACUUUGCAAUACCUGAAGCUGACUGGCAGAACUGAUGAAACUGUCUCUAUGAUAGAGUCAUACCUACGGGCAAAUAGGAUGUUUGUGGACUACAGCGAGCCCCAGAUUGAAAGGGUGUACUCAGCUUAUCUGUCUUUGAACCUUGAGGAUGUAGAACCUUGUGUAUCAGGACCAAAGAGGCCUCAUGACCGAGUACCCUUGAAAGACAUGAAAGCUGACUGGCAUGCUUGCCUAGACAAUAAAGUUGGAUUCAAGGGAUUUGCCGUACCAAAAGAAUCUCAAAGUAAAGAGGUCGAAUUUUCAUUCAAAGGGACGCCAGCAAAGAUCAAACACGGUGAUGUUGUUAUAGCAGCUAUUACUAGUUGCACGAAUACCUCAAAUCCUAGUGUAAUGCUUGGAGCUGCCCUGGUCGCGAAAAAGGCUUGUGAAUUGGGAUUAGAGGUGAAGCCAUGGGUCAAGACAAGUCUUGCACCAGGUUCUGGAGUUGUUAAAAAGUAUUUGGAUAAAAGUGGACUGCAGCCAUAUUUGAAUCAGCUGGGUUUUAAUAUUGUUGGGUAUGGAUGUACUACCUGCAUUGGAAAUUCCGGAGAUCUUGAUGAAUCAGUGGCCGCUGCAAUUGCUGAAAAUGACGUAGUGGCAGCAGCUGUUCUCUCUGGAAAUAGGAAUUUUGAGGGUCGUGUACAUCCAUUAACUAGAGCAAAUUAUCUUGCUUCUCCUCCUCUUGUCGUUGCGUAUGCCCUUGCUGGCACGGUUAACAUUGACUUUGAUAAAGAACCCAUUGGGACGAGUAAAGAUGGGAAGGAUAUAUAUUUCAGGGAUAUUUGGCCAUCAAAUGAAGAAAUAGCUGAUGUUGUGCAAUCUAGUGUGUUGCCAGACAUGUUCAGGGGUACAUAUCAAGCAAUCACCAAAGGGAAUCCCAUCUGGAAUGAGUUAUCAGUUCCCUCUGGAACUCUCUACUCCUGGGACCCAACAUCAACUUACAUACACGAGCCUCCAUAUUUCAAGGACAUGACUAUGUCCCCUCCUGGACCCCAUGGAGUAAAGAAUGCAUACUGCUUACUCAACUUUGGGGAUAGUAUUACAACUGAUCAUAUAUCUCCAGCUGGAAGCAUCCAUAAAGACAGUCCUGCAGCCAAGUACCUCAUGGAACGUGGGGUUGAUAGAAGAGACUUCAACUCUUAUGGAAGUCGUCGUGGUAACGACGAGAUCAUGGCUAGAGGAACUUUUGCCAAUAUUCGCAUUGUCAACAAACAUUUAAAGGGAGAAGUUGGACCCAAAACGGUUCAUGUACCAUCAGGAGAGAAACUAUCUGUUUACGAUGCUGCCAUGAAGUAUAAGAAUGACGGACACGACACAAUUAUCUUGGCUGGUGCUGAGUAUGGAAGUGGAAGCUCACGUGAUUGGGCUGCUAAGGGUCCAAUGCUUUUGGGUGUGAAAGCAGUUAUUGCUAAGAGUUUCGAGAGGAUUCACCGUAGUAACCUGGUAGGGAUGGGUAUAAUUCCACUUUGUUUCAAGGCAGGCGAAGAUGCCGAGACUCUUGGCUUGACUGGUCAUGAACGCUACAAUAUUGAUCUCCCAAGUAGUGUGAGUGAGAUCAAACCCGGACAAGAUGUUGUUGUUGUCACUGAUAAUGGAAAGUCGUUCACAUGCACUGCCCGAUUUGACACAGAGGUGGAACUUGCAUACUUCGACCACGGGGGUAUUCUACCCUAUGUCAUCAGGAACUUGAUUAAUGCCAAGCAUUAGAGAUUUAAAUUGUGGUUACCCAUGGGUGAACACGUUGUUUUCAGCCAAAUUAUUGGUAUGCGAAUCCCUUGAUUUGUCUGGAAAAAAAAAUGGUUUGCGUCUUGUUAGCCCAGGCUUGGGCACCCAACAAGAAACAAAUUAAGUAAUAAAAUAGCAAGCUAGAGCGAGGAAAGGUGGUGAUUUAGCUGUUUGAUUUUCAAGUGUAUCAUUUUUUAUACUGUACCAUAAGUUCCACUAUUAAUCAAUUCAGACUUUUCAUUUAUGUAGAAA